GUAUAUUCCUGGGUCUUCAGGAAACAAGGCAAAAUAGUCAGGGUAGAACCAGAUAGUCAAAGUGAAACUUGACUUCAUAACAAUAAAAGCAACAAGAGGCAAAGCUUGUAAGGGGCUAUGACGGAGUAACAGUGGGCUGUAGGCAAAAAGUGCUCAUGAGGUCAGGUUGGCAUGGAUACGAUCUUGGUCUUCAGUCUAAUCAUUGCAUCCUAUCAUUCCAACAAGAACGACCCCAGAGAGAGCAGCUGCCAAGUGGAACAGCUACCCAGCUUCUUCCCAAAGGAUGUGAGAAGCCACAAGGAUUUGGUAAUAAGAGUUCUUCCAGAAAUUCACACAGACAUCAAAGAGGCCCCAUUCAUCGAAAAUCAGACUAUAACUACCCUGCAGUGCCUUGGCUCUGGGAGGAGACUGAGAGUCCAUCUUGCAUAUUCAGAGAGAAGGCCAAAGGUCAAGUAUACGCUGAAGAACCUAGAAGUCUUUGCUGAUCUCCAUAGAAACAGCACGGCCUCCCCAAGCUGUCACCUCAGGCCCACUUCCCAGUUUCAGAAUGGAUCCCUUCUAACAGCUUUCUUACCAGGGAUCUCUCACUGCAAGGUCUACCCAGCAAAGAGUAGAUCUGCUUCAUCAGAGACGGUGCCCAAUACUACCACCUCCACAACUCCUAGAAGUAAAGAAGAGAAAACUACAAGCACUGGGGGUUUUUCCAGCCCUUUAUCACAAGACACAGAUGUGUCCUUAAAGAAGAGGCAGAAAUGGAGUAUUGUCAUCAAAGCUCUGAUAGCUGCUGCGCUGCUGCUCGGGGGAGUCAUCAUUAUAGUAUUUGUCAUCUUUGAAGUCCCAUGCCCAAGUCCAUGCCUCAGAGCCACAAGGCUGUGCCAAUGCCAAUGGCUAUGGAGAAGGGAAAGAAAGGAAGACCAGCAAUCUGAGACAACUGAGUUCCAGUUGGACUCACAGCCUGAGAAGGUUGGACAAGAUGCUCCUAAAUCUUUAGCCUCAAUGACAACUACAGGGGUCACUGUAACCCCCCAGACAUACUUCUGAGCUCAGCUUUGCCUCACUCUGAACACCAGUGCUGUCUUCUGCACCAUCGUAUCCUUAUUGCAAAUCAUUACAGGCUGCCUCCUGAAGCCCUCACACUCGUAUCUUCACGGAGACUUUAUAAUCAAAUAUAUGCCAGGACAGUGAAGGAAGACCCUGGGUCGACAGAGCUACCCUCAUGCCCUGCACCUGACACAGACAGAAGCCUCUGUGAUUCACUUUGUACAUCCAUAAAAUGGGUUAUCUGUCCAACCCUGCAAAUGAAGACAAAGUCCCUGCCUCCGAGUGUUGUGAAAGACCUUACUGCCUUCUUCAGUGAAAGCCGAGACACAGUCUCCAAAGACCUGGAGCCCACAGCAUCCACGUUCCAGCUCCUCUGCUGCCCUCCCAGCUUUCUUCAUGCUCACUGGCUGUCAGCGAGCUUACACAGGGCAUCUGCUCUCCCAGGCUUAUGAUUAAAUGACUUAGCCUCUGUCAGUAUACCUGAUAAAGAGAACCCAGCAUUAAGAAUCCCAAAAGCUCUUCUAAUAAGUCAUUCCUGAAGGGUUUCAGGACAGCAGAAUAUAGCAUUGAAAUGAGUUUGGAACAUUUUGGAUUCCUAAAGGAGAUCUGAUAUUAAGCCUUUUCUUUCCUGAUACUGUGAUUUGGACCAAUUCCUCACCUGCAAGUGCUAUGCCACUGAGAUAUAACUAAGCCCUUUUGUAAAGGUAACUUUUAUUUUGAAAGGUAGGUUCUCACCAGUUACCCAGAACCUGGAACUCUCUGAGUGGACCAAGAACUUUCAGCUCUCUUACUUCAGCCUCCCAGAGGAGCUGGCAAUACAAGUGUGAACCACCAGGCCUGACUAUGUCUUAUUUCAUUUUUAAUUUUUUGAGACUGGAUUUUAAGUGUGUAGCCCAGGCUGGCCUCCAACUUGCUGUGUAGCUGAGGAUCACCUUGAACUCCCAACCUUCCUGCCUCUAUUUCCUGGCUAGGCACUAUUUUACCAAGGAGCUGCAUGUGGUUUUAAUUAAGGACCUGAGAACAAAAUGAUCGCACUCACAGGGACACCGCUCUGAGUAGAGUCUGACCUGCUUAGACAGGUUUCGGUGAGAAAGCAGAACUGGGGACUGGAGCAGCUGAUACAGCGAAUGGUGGGGUCCUGUGUUGUCCUGCGUCUUUCCCAAGAGCGUGAAACCAUUCCAACUGCCGGAUGUUCCCCUCCUCCAUGUACAGACUAUUCCACAUAUACAUAUAUAUUACAUGUAGCCCAGGCUAGUGCUGAACUACGUACAUAUCCCAGGAUGACCUUCAGCUCAUGAUCCUCCUGUCUCCCACUUUUCAUGCACUGGAAUUACAGUAUGUGUCACCAGGCCUGGCAAGUGGCUCUGUUUUCUUAGUUCUCUAGAAGAAACUGUACCUUUCACGUCAAGUACUGUUCCCAGCAGAAUUCUUGAAAGUGUACUAACUAAGCAGGGGACAAGCUGAGCCAGGAGGAAGGGACAGACACCAAACAAUGGUGAUUCAAAGCUUCCUGGAAGAGCUGAAGAACCUCUCGGAUUCCACAGAACACACUUUGAGCACACAGCAGACACAGACAAAAGACUAUGUGUGGCGUUGGAUGUGUGAGUGGAUCAUUUGCACCCUACUAGUGACUCACAACAUUGCCUCAAGUUUAUCCGGACACCUGCUACUUUGCUUGGCCAUAUAUUUGAGCAAAAAACAAACAAACAAACAAAAAACUGUUUUUUCCCCAGGUCUGGUAGGGGAAGUUAUUAAAAAGAUUCUAUGUGCUCUUAGGAUUAAUGCCAGCAUCCACUUCACCCCUGCCCUCGUCCCCAGCAGAGUGUCCCACAACCCGAAAGCAUGAGAUUGCCUAGAAGAUGAAGGCCACGGCUAAGCCGGUGCUCAUCAGUUCUGCUCUUCGGCAAGAGUGAAACUGGGUAACAUCUGUACUGAUUUUCUUCGUGGAAACUGACGCGAUCAAAAUGAUGUUUUCCCUGUCAAAAGAAUCUUCUGAGGAUUUCCUCACUCCCUCAUCAGUCAACAGCUUUGAAUUCCUUCCUCAGUGGAGGGAGGAUUUUGGAAACAAGGAAAUGAGAGAGCGAGAGCAGAGAAAAAGGGGGCGCUCCUGUGUGGACUUUGGGAUGUGGACUUCAGUCUGAAGAUUGCUCCAGAGUCAGGCACAAAUGCCCGGGUCAUCACUCUGGUGACACUCUUAUAAAACACUUCAGUACAGCUGCCAAUGAGUCUUCUGCCAAGUGCCAAGUCUCUGUUGCAAACUCUCUCAUUAAAAUAUAUUCUGUUUUUCUGACUA